GAUUUUCCAAAAAAAUAAUGAAUAUUUUAAUUUUUCAAUUAAUAACAAUAUUUCUUUUGACAAUAAGAAAUAAUGAUUGUGCAAUUUGCGAUUUCUUUCAUCAAGAAGAUAAACAGUUAGCAACAAGCACAUAUGUUGUUAUUUAUAAUAUAGAUGAUAGAGGAGUAGACUAUUGUAAAAAGUUAUGCUAUUAUCUUGAACUUUGCAAGAGUUUCUAUGUUGAUAAACAGGAUAACAACAAAUGUUAUCUUUCAACUGACCAUGCAGGAUUAGGAGGAAGUCAGUUACCUCAAGUCAUUGGUUAUGAUUAUUAUGAAAAACCAGAUGUUUGUGAUACUCCACAAUUUGGAGACACAAUUACCUAUAAAAGUUAUCCUGAUCAGCUUGGCGGAUUUACUUAUCAUACAGUUUUUAAUACAGGUGAAGCUGACUGCAAAAAACUUUGUAGCAUGCUCAGUGAUUGCAAUACAAUUAGUAUUGUAACUUCAAAUCAGAUAUGUCACAUUUUCAAAGCAACCUUUGAUGAACUUACAGAUCGUCGUCAAUCAGUAGGGGAUACUACAUUUUCAAAAAUUGGUGUAACAAUUGAACCUUCAUUGGAUCCAGGUAAAGAAUGUUUGUUUAUUUUCAAACCCAAAUCAAUUAAAUAGUUAUCUUCAUUUAAUCAUUUAACAUAUAACAACAUGCCACAACAUUAAAACUGCAUGUAUUCCACUUACAAAAAGUGUCAAAAAAUUUAGGGUUUGGAAAAGGUUUUUUUUGACUAAAUCAAAAAAGAGAAACAGAAUUCUCAAACUUCAGGGUUAGGUCUUGGGGUUAGGGUUUUAACGCCCUAGAGUAGCACUCUCACUUUCUCCAUGAGUGAUACCCUUGGAAGGUUGCGUUCCACAUUGAAGAAUAACUAUUCUGAAUGACGGCAGGUUAAUCUCUUAAGAACUGGGACCCUGAAUUGUCAAUUAGACGUGAUACAAGGACCAUUCCUCCGAUUACGGGUUAGGGUUAUUGUAAUGUUGAACUAGAUACUAAGAUCUAAGUUCUGAUGAAAGUUGAAUAACUUCCACCAAAGUUUCAAGAGAUUCCACAAUGGUAUGGAAUGCAAGAGUAAGAACACUCUGUACAAGUAAGACUAUCUACAACUGAUUGAUGAAAAAUGUUCAGUUUAUGUUUUAAUUUUUUGAUGGUUACUAAGAAUAGUUGACCUACCAUGGUUUUGUCUUCCCCUUUAGCAAAGACUCAUCAGGGUCAUUUCAGAAGAUAGCUUCACUUACACUACUUUGAAGGGGAGGUGAGGACCAAUUCUGCAAUUGUAUCCUGCCUUGCAUUCUAUUUUAGUUGGAUGAUUGUGUUUUAGAGGAUACAUGUUUGUAAUUUUAAUUUUGGAACAGAUUUUUUUCUUUGUACAAUGUUUGAGUUAUGUAGAGUGUAUAAAGUAAAUUCAUAUUUGUCUGAUAAGUCUCAUUUCAACAAGGAAGAAAUGGCUUUGUUUAAUGAAUUAAUUUUGAAUGGAUAUGGUUUUUACUUGACAAAGAAACAAAAAUUACUUCAAAGAAACACUAUUGUACUUUUCUUUGAACAUAUAAAUUAUAGAAAUGUAUAACUCACUCUGGUUUUCUUACACAUUGUGUUCUGAAAAUUUCUUCCUAAUGCAGCCUGUAGAAGGUUUUUGGGUUAUUUUUGUCUUUGUUUUGUUGUUUCUUGAGGCUGAUUUCUUUUUAUGAUGGUAUUUUUUUUCAACUGAUGAUAUGUGGCUUGUUGUUACCCUUUUAUAGGUGGUGGUUAUGCAAUUGACAUAUAUCAAGAUAUUGCAUUUUUUCUUGAAGGUCAUGUUUUACUGUGUAAGUCCUUCCUGGGAUAUGUCUGUUGACCAUCUGUUGCUUCUAUAUGGUAAAGUAAAUACAAGGGAUUUAUGAUGGACCUACAAAUUUAAUGAAGUACAAUAAAUGUAUUUUUUUUGGUCUAAACAAACACAACAUCAAAAUGGACUAAUAUAAUGUAUGUUUUCUAAAAUUGCUUUUUUCUUCUUAGGCUUGAUAAAAUUAUUCAUUUGAAAUAUAAACAUGCAAAGAAUUAAUAAUUUUUAUGGUUGAAAGUAACACUUCUGAUUAAUUUUACUGUUGAUUUGAAGCUUGGAGAAUUGGUCUGUUUAAUUUCUUUUUUCUUCCAGUUCUACUUUGUUGUUGUUGAAAGACUUCUUUACACUUGACCAUAAUUUCAUUGGUAAUCAAGUGUUGAACAAUAUUUCUCAAAGAAGAUAUCUUUCCAGGCAGAACAGUACCAUGAAAAGGAUCUCCUCUUAUGAUGGUAUUAAUAUCAAUAAUUUUUGUAAACAUGUUGUUCAAGUUUUCAGAUUGUGAGGCUGGUUGUUGAUGCAGAUCACUUUUUUUUAUGUUAUAUUGCAUAAAUAAUAAGCAUUCAUUAGUAACUCCAGUGCUUUUAUACAAAGCUUUAAAAUUAUCAUCAGCAUCAUUAAUGGUGUUAAAGGGAAUGUGAAGUGCUGUUAUAUGACUUUUUAUUUUCCAUUUGGAUAUAAUUUCUUUACAAUUUUGAAAGGUUAAGCCAGAAAUGUUUAUAAUGAGAACAGUUCCAAAAAAGCUGAUGUUUCUUUUAACAUCUUCUACCUGAAUUAAAUCUAAGUCACCCAAACUUUCAUCACUUAAAAGAAGUAAAUUAAUUUUGUUGGGAAAUCCUACAGCUGGUUGUUGUAUUUUCAUAAGAUUGGUAAUUUCUUCCUUUCCAAGAUUCACUCCAAUUUCUGUAAAAGAUCUUACCAUUUCAUUAAUAUUUGAAUUGUGUUUUCUAUUAAUUUUCAUGUUAUUGUUAUAUUUUAGAAUAUCAUCAGUUUCAUUAAGUUGUUGUAAAAUCAAUUCUACCAAUUGUUCCUUGUUGAUACUAUUUGAUAUGCCUUCUUCAUUAAGCCACAAUUUUUCAUUGCAAAAUUUUUUAAACUUUAACAUUUUUUCUACAACAUCUUUCUCAUAUUGACUUGGAUCAAAAGUUGGUGGGUGAAUUUUAUUGUCUCUUUUAAACCUUUGAAGAUGAUUAUAAAAUGUUCCAAAAUUGAAAAAUUGUUCAAAAGAACAUUGCAGGAAAUGUUCCAUUUCAAUUGUUUCAUUGAUGAUUAUUUGGUCAUUUUCUACUCUUUGAACUUGAUUUGGUUGCAUGUUUGCCAUUUUGGAAGAUCUAAAUACAAGAAAUUUUUAUUGUAAAAGUUUUUGCAAUUUUGUAACAUAAUACAAAAAAUAAUUUUAAAUGAAGAAAGAUAGACUACAUGAACAUAGGCUACACUGAACAGAAUUAAUCAUUCUAAACUAAAUCCUUCUAAAAAUGUAUUCAAAGCUUAAAUUUUCUUCUUAAUCCUACGUCCAGUUCUAAUUAUUUUCUCCACAGCAGUUGUUGGUUGUAAAUCAUCUGUUUUAUCAUCCAUCUUUCUUUUUGUGGUAAACUUUCUUGUUAUUGUAUCAAAUUUAGGUCUUUUCUCUGGUAGAGAAGAAGGAGUAGUAGAGUUAGAUGUAUUAUCAGACACAUUUUUUCUUUUGUAAAAAUGUUUGAUUGUAGGUGGUACAGCUUUAUUCAUUGAAUCUUGGUAUUUUUGUGGUGUUUCCUUAUCUGAUGAACUCUUUUUAUCAAAUAAAGAUGAUAUAUUGUGUUUUUCCUGUUUAAAGUAAACAUUGUUAUUAAUUAAUUUGAAAUAACUACUGACAUUGUUUGUAAAAGCAAAUAUCAGGGGAAUAUUUUUAUAUACCAAAUAAUUUUUUCCAAAAUUUCUAUAAGUUAUUGCUAUUUUUUUUAAUAAGGGUCCAAUAUCAUUUCUAUAUGGAAUAACAAAUGGUACUCUUGUAAAAACUUGACAACUGGUGUAUCUGGCUAAACCAAAGGGAUAAUAAAGAAUAUGUUUCAUAUUCAAGUGAUAAACAUAUCUAUUAAUUUCAACAGUUGAUAUAUCUUUUUCAAUUUGUUCAUAGGGAAAUAUUGUUAUGUUUAAUUGAUUUUCUGCAAAAUGUUGAUGUUGUAUAAAGUUUUCAACAAGCUCAUCAUUUUUUAAUUCUAAAUAUUUUCUUAAUAGAAGGUGUCUUAGUGUUUGGAAUAUGUUGACUUUGGUAUAUUGUUCUUGUAAGUGG